ACCUCUCCUUCUCUCGUCACAUCUCCCAGCAACAGGAGAGAAGACUGUUCUAGUAAUCACAAAUGUGUUUUCUGGAGUAAAUGUCCGAUGGUCGUUAAUAUGAGAGGCGGUCCAUUGCGCAUCGAUCACCUACUUUCACUUGAACAAAAUAAUAACUAAAUUAGCAGGUGCUAGCUUUCCAAUCUACAACUGUGUUCUCUAAGUGUUUCAUGGCUGAAUUGGUCCCGGCGAUUAUCCAGUGUGUGUCGGCGUAAAGAACCUUUAAUGAAGCAUUUCUUUAUGGCAGGGAACUUUUUUUUGUUCGACACUGCUAAUGAAUAGUAGAAAAAUUACGUCUCAAGGCGUUAGAGGAAAACAAAUAAUUUUUGUUCGACCCGUUCAUGUAUAAUAUAUUUAUUGGCAUGUGUUUUGUUGUUUGAAGGUAAUCAACGUUUAAAAAAAGUGGGAGAGACAAUAGCAAAUGUGUUAACAACAUUCUAGGUCAAUAGAGCUUACAUCUGUAAAGUCGUUCACUACCUGGUUUGACUUGCAUCAGUUCGGAGUUUUCAUCAUUCGCCCCGGAGGGAAUGUGUGGAGAGCUGCUGAGAACAAAGCAAAUGUAUUAACCAUACGACGACUGUUACGGCCGUGAAAUGAUAAAUUGCUUUCUGUUGGACGAUGAAAGGCCUUGUGCAUUUUUACUGAUUCUAUGAGUUGUGCUGUGAUUUGGCCUGCUACAAGGACAAAAGUUUCGGAAGGAUCGUUUGGAACUGAUCCACGUGAAUCGAGUCGUUGUUUCUCUCCACACUCCUACCAGUAAGUGACUGGACACUUUUAACUGGUCCUUUGUUGAAAGGUUGACGCCAAGAUAUUGUCCGUUCUUGUAAGCGGGGUCAGGAACAUCUUACGUGUUGAAGUGGCCCAGUCCUUCCUUUGAAGAUAGAAGUCGACCACAACAACAUAUUUUCCUGUAGACUGAUUGUCUCGGACUAAACUAAAGCACCACACAGGCUGGCAUCCGUAAAGGUGACAACACAAGAGAAAGAAGAUAACCCAAGGCUGUUUGAAUUACACUAACAGUUUUUCCCCGACGACUUCAAGAUGAAUGAAUCUGGUUCCACAGCGAUUCCUGACAAUUCUUCGACUGCUUUUCCUAACGAUACUUUUUAUGAUUACGAGUAUUGGUCUUCAGAAGAAGAGAACUUUUUGUACCUGAUAAAGAUAGUCGUAUCGAUUGUUUUCAGUCUCAUCGUCUUAAUUGGUUUUGUCGGAAACUUAUUAGUAAUCAUCGUCGUUUUCUCAAAUAAAAAGAUGCAAAACACCACCAAUAUCUUGAUAGUGAGUCUGGCCGUUGCCGACCUGUCUUUUAUUAUUUUCUGUGUGCCUUUUACUGCGACCACCUACACCAUGUCACGGUGGCCAUUUGGAGAUGUCUGGUGCAAAAUCGUCCAAUAUCUAACUUACGUGUGUGCGUACGCUAGCGUGUACACGCUCGUGCUGAUGUCACUGGACAGAUACCUGGCCGUCGUACAUCCCAUCACAUCCAUGCGCAUCCGUACCAGUCGCAAUACGUACAUCAUGGUCUACUUAACAUGGAUUAUAAUGCUUGGAGGCAACAUACCAGUCAUCUUUGAAUUUUCCCACAAAGAAUUUGGAGACAACAGCAACAGAUCCAGCUGUGUUGAUAUCGAUUUCUUCAAGGCUGAUUACCUCUCCUCGCAACCAUUUUAUGGAUGCUUCUUUGCUUUUGGUUACGUCAUACCGCUUACACUCACGUCCAUUCUGUAUGGUUUUAUGAUCAAGCGGCUUCUCUAUGGAGUAGUUCCUGGUGGGAGCCAACGGCCCGACAGCAUGAGGUCGAAAAAACGUGUUACCAGAAUGGUGGUCAUUGUCGUCGUAAUCUUUGCAAUUUGUUGGCUACCAAUUCAGAUUAUAUUUGUACUGAUUAGUUUUGGACAUGUUGGGAUGGACUCGAAAUUUUUUGUUGGAACUUUGAUAGCGUCUAAUUGUCUGGCGUACAUGAACAGCUGUGUCAAUCCAGUAUUGUAUGCUUUCCUGUCCGAAAACUUUCGUAGAAGUUUUAGAAGAUUGUUGUGUUGUGCAAGCGACCCUCUCAGAUCUGGGAACUAUCACGGGGUCCAGAGCACGGGAGUUGAGAGAACGGAAAUGACGUCAGAAAUUUGAAGACUUCAGAAGAACAACCAUCUUCUAAAUUCCAAGCCAAGGUUUCACUGUUUUUAUUGAUAUUGUCAAUCCUUUGCUUUUAGAGUUAGAAACAGAGGAAUGUCUUUUGGCUAUUUGGAUAAUAUCAGUCAGUUGUUUAUAUUGUUGAGCAGUUAUUGUUUGACAAUUACGUCAUUUUCCAUCUCUAACUCGUAUCAUGCAUGGUAAAUUAGUGUUUUCAAUCAUAAUUUAAUCAGAAAUAUCUUCAAUAAAUAUUCGAUUUGAUAAACUGGUUUGAAAUCUUUUACCUUUCAUUUAUGUGCAUUUGAUUUUUUUUUAUACCAAACUAACAAUACUUUUCUGAACUAGUAAUAGCAAAAACAUUCGACGUUUGCCACGCAUGCGCCACUCGUACAGUAGAAUAACAGGAAAUCGAACGGUAUAAUGGUUCAUGUGACAUUCCGCCCCCUUUACCCGUUCUGUUGGUUUUAUUGUUUAGAUAGAUUUUUAGACUUCCUCUGAUGCAUAAUGGCAUCUUUUCAGUAGAUUCUACUAAUACUGCUACCACGCUCAUUUUUAAUUCAUAUUUGUGCAAACACCUCCGGAUUAAUGGAAAUUUUCUUUGUCAAUAUAAAAUUUCACAACGAAAUAAUUUACUCGUCUUUACUUAGACAUGAUCCCUUUAGGAAAACGACAAAACUGAGUAAAUUAUCAUUAUUUUGUUUUUGAACGUCUUUCCUUCAAGAAUAGUUAAUGCAAGUAAAUUCAGCUCAGGUAUACGUACCGUUUAUAGGUGUUAAUAACGCCACCUGAAAUACCACCAAUGAUUAAUAACAUACUAAAAACAUUUUGCAUGUUUUUCACCACCGUGAUUAUGUUACAUGGUCAGUCAUUCUGAUAUUUCAGAUAGUAAAAGGCGUGGUAAUAAUUCUAUCUCAAGUUGUGAUGAUUGAAAUAUAACUUUGUUAUACAUUCUAUUUCUAGAAGUACCAUUAAUCCAUCCCAAAUUAUCUUAUUGUUUCACAGCAAAUUAAAUGACACAUUUCUACCCAAACUAAUUAAGUGACUAUUUUAUUGAUUGGGGGAAAAUGUUACCCUAGUCGGUUUUGUAUUGGAUGUUCCCUGAUACAGUAGGGCAUGUUCACUUGUGAAAAAAUGCGUUUCUCAAACUACUUGCUAUUUGGAAAUUCUCGCGCAUGCAUAUUUUUGCGUUGAUGCAAAGAACGCAAAAUAACCGAAAAUUUCCACAGCACAAAAAAUUCUAUUUAAUGAAGUUUGCCAUCCAUUCAGACAAAUUAGUUGUCCUUCCUGAUCCCAGUUUAAAUUGAUGUUGUCCACCAAACUGUCUGUAAGAACCCUGUAAGAAGAGACUGAAACACGUAGCAAAUGAAACUGACUCGAUUAAAGUCUACUUUUCUGGUGGUAAUAACUUAAAAUUAAUAUCAGUAGGUUUUUCAUUUAACAAACAAUAAUAAAUGUUAUUACAAAGUUUCAUAUUUGAUAUACCAGUAUAAAGCUUGAAGAGAUUAUCAUAGCGUGUUAAACGUUAUACUGUUUUUGAAAAGGAACUAUAUGAAAACAUUUCAUACCAUUUCAAAUUUAGAAAUAUUAUCAAAGGUCACCAUUUCAAAUUAGGAUAUGGAUUUGAUGUUUAUCACGACCAUCAUUUUAUUUAUCUGUUCAUAUGAUAAUCGAUUGUAUUGAUAACUUAUUAGCGUACAAGAUACUGUAUACCGGGAACUUUUCGCUGCAGAAAUAUUUUCGCCUUUCACGCUCUCUGAAAUGAGGACGAAUUUAUCAUUACAGCGAACAAUAGCCUUAAACAUUAUUUACAUAGUAAUUAAAUAUGAAAAGCGAAAUUAACAUAGGGCGAAGGGCGUACGUUUGACUCGGCAAAAAAUCACCGGUACCGUAUUCCGUCUUUGUGUAAUGCAGAGUUACCUUCUCUUGUGAACAGGUAUUGAUUGUUACGUCAUUGGUUUGUGUCGUUACGUCGUUUUCUCAAAAAAUGAUGAUGUCACUCUCACAAAAUAAUGGUGUAACAAUCAAUUCAUGCUCCCAAGAGCAGAUGACUCUGCAAUACGAAAAGACAGAAUACAGUAACACUGUUUACAAUAGGUGACUGACUUGUUAAAUCUAUUGAAUAGAAGCGAAUUUAUAAUGUUGAUAUUAAAAUAUUUUAUAUAUAUGGAUGUAAGUAUACUAUAUUAUAAUAUACAACACAAUGUAUGUGUAAUACUCUGUUGUUUUUAUUUAACAGGUCUUCACAAACAAAAUUCUUUAUUCCAAUCUACUUUAUAAGCUGUUUUAUUUUAAACAGAAAGCACGUCCUGAACUUUAGAAGUAUAUAUAUAGAUACACAGUAGUAAUGAGAAAUAGUUUUGUUGUUUCACGUCAUGCAGAUGAAUUAGUUAUCUCACAAAAAAAGAAGUAUUUUCAACAUACACAAACAUAGAUUAAAAACGUUCUUAAGAUCUGAAGAUUUGUUUUAUUCGACAUAGUUACAAAAUGUAUUGUUUAUUUUUGUGGGUCUUGUGACGUUAGAUUUGCGCAAAAUAUGACACACGGAUAUUUGUGUUAUAGUUUAUGACUCGAGCACGUUCAUGUACAUGUGAUUAUAAAUAAAUGAUAUUUAUAUGUGUGAUAAUUGUAUAUUAGGUAUCAGAAUACUUGAUAUUUGUAGACUAUAUAUCUAUAUACAUAUACAUAUAUACAGUGAAUGUGCUGCAGUUACAAAUCAUGACGGAAUUACAUUACAAUGAAAUCACUUCGACGACGUGUUCGCUCAUCAACCCUGAAGUGAUCAGUAGCUUUGUGUUAUCUUAUUUAAUUCUAUCAUUAUGAUUCAAUGUUUUGGUUUGUGUUACUUCUGUUUAUUGUGGAAUAAAACUUUUG